AUAAAAUUUUAAUGGUGGUGUACGGUUCGUUCAGCUCGCAUCGCGUCGCAACAUCUCGUUUUGUUGGUCAGUGAAAAAUAUCAGAAAAUCCAGAGAAAAUCAAAGAAAGGCCCUCAAUAUAUAUAAUUAUAAAUAUUAUGUAUAGCAAUUGUUGUCUCGCGGCGUCGUGCAUCACACAGUGACAAAAUACAAAACAAAAAUACAAAUUGCAAGCAACAAAAUAUAAACGAAGCAAAUAUAGAAAAACAGCGCGUCGCGUCUGAAAUUGCAAAUUGCAAUAAAGUCUGAAACGUGAAGAAGCAGCAGAAGAAGAAGAAGCAGAGCAAUAGCAGUGUAUAAACAGCAAUUGAAAGAAGCGGCAAAACACAAAUCACAAUAUAAAAAAACAACAACAAAACAAAAACAUCUACAACUACAAUUGAAAAAAAAAACAAAAAAACUGCAAAACUAAAUGCAACAGCUAAGCAACAGUAUUUUUGCUCAACAUUAAAUUAAAUAACUCACUAAUCAUACUAAUACAAGUAUAGAUAUUUGUAAAUGCAAAAUCUCUAGCAGUGAUUAUAUGUUGCAUUUUUUGAAACCAAAAAAACCAAAUUAAAAGCAAAUAAAAUAAAAUCCGAGGAGAGAGAAGAACGCAGCGAGCUUAAGCCAACAAAAAUAAAACCGUAGUACGACUAGUAAAAGACACCACCAAUUUAAUUUGAACAGAGUUUAAGUAAAAUAAAAACAAAACACAACAAAAAACCAAGAAAAUAUUAGCCAAAAUCUAAUAGAUGUCUAUGUGUAUUACAUAUAUAUAUAUGUAUCGGUCAUCUAUAGCAUAAUAUAAUAAAACAAAACCAAGCAUAUAUUUACAACAUAAGCCAUAUAUACCAACUACAUAAAUAUAUAUAUAUCGCAGCUAAAAGACAAGCAGCUAGAAGCGACCGCAAGCAAACGGUCUCAAUCAUUUGAAAAAUCAUCUUAUAGAAAUAAUCUAUAUAAUAAAAGACAAAGCGCAGCUCGUCAAAUAAAACAAACAAAAUAAAAUGGAGGACAAUAACACAAGCAGCAGUGCGAGCGGUGCGCCCAUCAAACUCGAGGAUCCAUCGGUGACACUCACAAUAAGGCUGAUUAUGCAAGGAAAGGAAGUCGGUAGUAUUAUUGGUAAAAAGGGUGAAAUUGUCAACAGAUUUCGUGAGGAGUCUGGUGCCAAAAUUAACAUUUCGGAUGGCUCAUGCCCGGAACGCAUUGUAACGGUGUCUGGCACAACAAGCGCAAUCUUCUCGGCAUUUACGCUAAUUACAAAGAAAUUUGAAGAGUGGUGCUCGCAGUUCAAUGAAGUUGGCAAAGUUGGCAAAACUCAAAUACCCAUUCGAUUGAUUGUGCCCGCCAGUCAAUGUGGAUCAUUAAUUGGCAAGAGUGGCUCAAAGAUAAAGGAAAUACGCCAAACUACAGGCUGUUCCAUACAGGUGGCCAGCGAUAUGUUGCCAAACUCCACGGAGCGAGCAGUUACCUUGAGUGGCAGCGCCGAGCAGAUAACCCAAUGCAUCUAUCAGAUAUGUCUUGUCAUGUUGGAGUCUCCACCACGCGGUGCUACCAUACCAUAUCGACCAAAGCCGCAAGUGACUGGGCCAGUUAUUUUGGCCAAUGGACAGGCCUUCACCAUACAAGGCAAUUAUGCGGUGCCCACACAAGAGGUUGCCAAGAAUCCAUUGGCCAGUUUGGCUGCCUUGGGCCUAGCCGGCAUGACGCCAACCGGCACCAGCGGAAUCAAUCACACAGCUCUGGCUGCUUUGGCUGGAUCGCAGUUGCGCACGGCCAACGCGAAUCGGGCACAGCAGCAGCAGCAUGAGAUGACCGUCUCAAAUGAUUUGAUUGGCUGCAUUAUUGGCAAGGGCGGCACCAAAAUUGCUGAAAUACGUCAGAUCUCCGGCGCCAUGAUACGCAUCUCCAACUGUGAGGAACGUGAGGGCGGCAAUACCGAUCGUACCAUAACCAUAAGUGGUAAUCCGGAUUCGGUUGCAUUGGCCCAAUACUUAAUCAACAUGAGAAUAUCAAUGGAGACCGCUGGACUGCCCAUACCUGGUUACCACUAUAUUGCGCCCAGUGCAAUUGUUAAGACACCCAUACACUAAGUGCAACGCAAAUUCAACAAACAACAACAACAGAAACAAAACAACAACCAACCAUCAAAUAAAAAGCUAAAACAAAUCGAAUGCAGCGAGGGACUGGAGCCGCAAAGCUGUAACCAACUGUAACAACUGUGACAGCGGGGAGAACGGCAAAAAUCGGCGACGCAUGAAUCGUCAAAUGUUAAAUUAUAAGCAAUAAGUAAAAUGCAGAAAAGGUAUAAAAAAUUACAAAAAAAAAAAAGAAAAGAUAAAUCACAAACAAAUCAUAUGACAACAAGAUGUCAAAUCACCGAUGGAGGAGGAGUAAAGAGAAUAUUAACGACAUACAUAAACCACGUUCAUAGACACAUACAUACAUACAUACAGACAUAUACGAAUACAUACGCGUUAUAUUUAUUCAUUGAUUCUUAUUAAUUAUGAUAUUUUUUAUUAAGUUUAAAACAAAGUAAUAUGAAGAAAGAAAACAAAACAAUAAGAAUAACUUUAUGUUAAAACCGUUUUCGGGCACACUUCUUCCCUGAGGUUCGUGUGCCCAAAAGAGUAAGAACAGAACAGCAAUUAAUUGUAAGCUUAGUCAAAAUGAAGACAAAACAAACAACAAUAAUUAUAACCAACAAACAAACAAACAAACAAACAAAAAAAACACAGCAAAUACAGCAAAAGUAAAAGCAAACUUCUAAAUGCAAUUAAAUUUUAAGCCAAGUAAUUGUGCAUGCACAUAACCAAAAACAAAAAACAACAUACAACAAAUUUAAGCAUUAUAAAAACAAAUCGUAAAAAAAAGAAUAUUUAACAAUAAUGAUGAAAGCCAAGCAGCAAGCAAAGCAAAGAGACAAAAAUUACAUACUAAAUCAUAACAAAAGAAAAUAAAGAAAUUAAUUAAUUAAUUUUCACUUUGUUAGGCGACAAAUUUUGUGCGUUUGUUGUUAAUAUUUAUAUACAUACAAUUAUAUAUAUGAAUAUGACGGAUAUACAUACAAACAAACAUAUACUAUAUUAAUUGAUAUAAUAAUUUUUAAUUUUAUUAUUUUUAUUAUUGUAAUUGUUAUCGAAAUUGUAUUUGUGAUUUUUGAAUAUGUUUAGACUGAAGGACAAAAUUUAUUCUGUUUAUUGAUUAAACUACAUACAUAUAAUAACUAUGAACUAAUUAAAUUAAAUUAAUCUAAAUUAAAUACGACUUGAUUUUUACAUUUUUCAAAAUUAGUUAUAAUUUGUUGUACGAAAACUGAACGACAACAACAACAACAAUAAGAAGAAGAAAAAAUACAAAAAUCAGAGAAACAUCAACUGAGCGGAAACAUUUGAAGCCAAAUUUAUUUUUGUUAAAACAUUUUGCAAGGUGUUUUGGUUUUUUAGUGAAAAUGUUAAAUUAAGUGACCAAAAUUCAAAUUACAAUAAUAAUGUUUAAGCACUUUUGCGGCGAUUAAAAAGACUUUUCUAAUGCGUGGAAAAUGAAAUGAGAAUAAUGGAUUUAAUUUAAUUAAUACUAUUGCGAUUAUGCUUAAAUUAAAGUAUAAUUUUAAAACAUUAGCUGUUAAAUUUAUACGCAAAACAACAUCAAAACAAAAAAUAAAAUGAUUUUCAAUGUUAAAACUACAAAAAAAAAACAACACUUAAUUUAAUUUGAGUUAAAUUUAAUUUUAGGCUGGGCAGCAAGAAGCAAAAAUUAAUUAAUAAAAAGAAAAUUGCAAAUGCAACUGUGGCUUGUUAAAUAAAUUACCAAAUAAUUUUAAGCCACAAUAGUGACGAAAUUUAGUUACAUACAUACUCACACAUAAAAACACACACACACAGACACCUACAUAAAAAAUGAAAUUAAAAACAAUUUAUAAAUAUAUACAAACAUAUGUCUGUUAGGUUAGGCGCUAGCCGAAACAUCAAUCCGUAAGCUAGUUAAACAAAAUAACAAUUUAUGGGCAGAAAAAUGUGUCAAAUUUCGAUUAUACAAAUUAAUUAUACCAUAAGGCAGAAAUAUAAAAAAAAAAAAAAAACAAAACUAAACAAAUACAAUUACCCAAACAUAUCCACAACAAGAAAAAAUAAAAAUACAACAUAAUUAUUGUAAUCAGAAGAAAAUUAUACAAAAGCAUAUAAAGUCAAACAUAUCCCAGAGAACACGAACAAUUUCAAUGCAUAUAUCAUUUAUUUGUACUCUACACAUUAUAAAUUAGUUGAAGGAACAUUAAUUUUUUGAAUGCUUACAAUAACUUGAAAUUAAUUUUGAUCCCUUUACGCUAAUUUUCUUGCAUAAUUAAAAUAAUAAUAAUAAAGACACUUAUGAAGCAAAACUUGAUUACAGGAAAUUGUUAAUAGCAUAAAAAAGAAACAGAAUUGAUAAAUGAUAAUACUAUUACGAUAUAAUGAUAAAUGCAUUACUGUUAGCUUAGAGCCACACUCUACGUAUAAUUGACUAAAACUAAUGUUUUAAAAAAUAAAAUGAGGAUCAAGCAAAAUGUGCAACACAGGCAGCAAAAUAUCUAGCGAAACUAUUUCGUGAUUUUAGUGACAAAUAUUUCGCUGAUGACAAUUUGAAGCAAUCAUUUUUGAACCAACAACAAAAUAAACAAAUGAAAUUAAGAAAGUUGAAUGGAAGCAAAGCCGUAUAUCUAUAUAUAAAUAAAUUAUAUAUCUAUAUAUAAAUAUACAUAUAUUAAAUAAAUUAUUAUGUACACUUGUAUUUAAUUGUAUUUGAAAUAUUUAGUAAAUUUUUUGCGCAAGUUACAAACCAACUAAAUAAAAGAUAACAAAAAAAGAGAAGAAAACAAUUAAAAUAAAAGAAAUAUAAUGAUAAUGAGAAUGAGAAUGACGCACGUUGACGGGUUAACAACGGAAUAGUGAUUGGGACUAUUUGUAACAUAAAGAAAGAACAAAACAAAAGGGAUAAAUUAAUUAUGUGCAUGUGUGUGUAUAAAGAAACUACAUUUAAAAUAGCUCAAUAGCUCAACAACAAUUUCAAAUGAAUUUUUACUAAUAUGUGUAUGUGUAUGUAAAUUAUUAAAACAAUUUGUUGAAAACUUGUAAAUUUGCAAAGGAAAAAUACGUGUAAGAAAAGCAAUUUUAAUGGUGCCUUAAAAACCAAACCAAGCAAAUUUCUUCUUGCCCCACAUAAUCGAGAACAACAACAAAACUAAAAAAAGAGAAACAGCAUUUGUGUGACAAUUUCUGUGGCAGUGUGAGUUUUCUACCUUUCCACCAACAAAAAUUCUAUAGAUAUUUUCCUAUCAACUUUCCCAGCUUAUGUAUGAUAUUUAGUUACAAAACUAUGCUUACAUUCUUACAUAAGCCUUUCGACAUAAAGAAAUUAUCCCUUUUAGAGACAUAUGACCCACAAUUGCUUAAAGCUAUUCGAGUUUCAACAACCAAAAUAACAAGAACAACAACAACCAAUGUGUAGAGUUGCCCGUUAUAGUACUUGAGAACAAACAAAAUAUAAAAAAUACAUAAAAUGAAAAAAUAUAAUAUAAAUAUCAAAUAUAAAUAAUAAUGUAUUUAAUAUUUAUUUAAUAAAUUAGCUGCAAGUAUGUAGUAGUUGAACAAAAAACAAUAUAACACCGAUUCUCGAAACAUUAUCCGAUUUAAUGAACAAUUAGUCAGCAACUUAACAAAAUAUACUAAUUAACACACAACACACAUAUAAAUGUUUCUCUCAGUGUAAUUACAAAUCACUUGAAUGUAUUUGCUCACAUUUUACAAUACAUGUCAAAAAGAAAAAUACACAAAAAAAGAAAAAACAUUAAAACAAAAACAUAAACAUAAACUCUACACAAUAAGUCGAAAAACAAAAGCAUUUAAGGCACUUGACAUAUGGAUUGAAAAACGGAUGAACGGAUGUAAACAAUUGUUAAAAGGCAAAUGUAGAAAAUGAUAAAAAAAACAUAUUUAUAUACAUAUACAUAAAAAAAAUAAAAACAGAAGCUAAUUCUUAAGGUAUUUUAGAUAUUCUUAUUUAAUAUCCAAAAAAAAAAAGAAAA